UUGGUUUUGACAUGCAAAACAAACGCUCGCCCGUCGCUUGGUGUUUUUUCCUUAUUGCCGACGCCGUCAUGGAUAAGGUGAUCCCCGGUUUGUUUAUCGGCAGUUUUAGAGACUCAAAAGAUUUUGCUCAAUUAGAAAGUAAUCAAAUAACUCAUAUAAUUUCUAUAUUGGAUGCACCAAAGAAAAUUUAUCAAAAUAAAAAAUAUUUGUGUAUUGAAGCUAUUGAUAGUCCCGAACAAAAUCUUAUACAAUAUUUUCAAACAUGCAAUGAUUUUAUACAUAAAGCUCGUCUUAAAAAUCAAAAUGUUUUAAUUCAUUGUUUGGCUGGGAUGUCUAGAAGUGUAACAAUAGCUGCUGCUUAUAUUAUGUCAGCCACUACUAUUAAAUUAAAACAUGUUCUUCGACUCCUGAAAGCAUGUCGAUCAAUUUCAAGUCCCAACGAGGGAUUUAAUAAACAACUACAGUAUUAUGAGUGUAAUUAUUUAUUAGAAGAAAGAACAAGAUUAGCAUCUAUUAGUCAUUCCAACAAUCAACUAAUAGCAGAUGAAGAAUAUUGUAAAAAAAUCAUUGGAGAAGAACAAAAAAAAUAAGAAAUGUAUUAAUUAAAAAUUUAUAAAUAA